AUGUUUGCUGCUGCAACCAAAAACUUUGUUAAACAGGUUGGUGAUGGAGGAAGAUUAGUUCCUGUGCCCAGCCUCAGUGAAGCUGACAGAUACCAACCUCUGAGCCUUGUGAUUAAAAAAAGAAAAUGUUUGCUUUCAAAAAAAUCUAAAUUUGCUUCUACACCUUUCACAUUAAAAGACAUUCUUCAAGGGGAGAAAGAAAUUUCUGCAGGUGUCUCGUCCUACCAGUUGCUCAACUAUGAAGACAAAUCAGAUGUUUCACUCAAUGGCAGAAGAGGAAAUCAGAUAAUGAAUGAUGUUGGUUUUGAUGUUGCUGGAUCAGAUUCUAUUGCCUUUAAAGCUUCAUUUGGCAUAGUGACCAAACAUGAAGUUGAAGUACCAACAUUACUGAGAGAACUUACUACAAGAAAAAUAAACUUUGAUCAUUGUCUAGUCCAUCAAUCAAGAAAAAGUAGGAUGGAAAUUUUGUGUGUGGUCAUGGAAAGUAUUCGAACUACAAGGCAGUGCUCAUUAACUGUCCAUACUGGAAUGCGUGGAGAGACAAUGAGGUUUCACAUAAUUGAAGAUCAGAAUAAUAAAGGGCGGGACAAAGCCAUUGUUUUUCCUGCACAUACAACUAUUGCUUUUAGUGUAUUUGAGCUCUACAUUCAUUUGGAUGGUAAUUUCGAACUCUGUGUGACUCCAAUUGCAAAAGGAGGAUUUGAAAGAGAAAAAUCUGGAUCAUCUUCACUGACCAAAUUCAGGAGAUUAAAGAAUAAUCUGUUUCAUCGAAAUAAGGGAGUAGUGGAAAUCGUUGCUAACUCUGAUCCUUACUUGGAGGACCUUUUUGCAGAUUAUUAUGAAAAAGCUGCAAGCAUGACUGAUCUCUCUACAAGCUAUCUCAGAGACGGCUCUCAUAUCAGAAUCAAUUUACUUAAUAACAACAUCCCCAAAGGCCCCUGUGUCCUUUGUGGGAUGGGAAGUUCAAAAAGGGAGACGGUCUAUGGAUGCCUGGAGUGUUCUUUUAAUGGACAGAAGUAUGUACGACUGCAUGCCGUGCCCUGUUUUGACCUCUGGCAUAAGAGAAUGAAGUAACUGAUCUGGUAAGUGCCUGUUGUCAUAGACAUGGGCAUAACUGUGCCACAAACUUUUCAGAGUUAGUAAAUGUGUCUCCAAUUGUGAAAUGCAAAACAGUGAAAGUGCAAAACAUUUUAUUAUGCUGUUAUCUCAAAUUCUGUGCUUCACAGUCAAUGACCUCUACUUUAAAAUGCACAUGAAUUUCCUGACAUUGCUGUUGUUCCUAGAACCUUCUCAUUAUCAUCAUAAUGAAAAACAUACUUUUAAAUGGUAUUUUCAUAAUGACAGAAUAUAUGCUAGAACUUAAAGUUGUUUACACAAACUUGUUGUUAAACCCCAAAAUGUUGCCUUUCUCUACACUGGCAAAUGAUGGUUAAAUGAGAAUAUUUGUUAAUAAUUUAGUGUUCUCAUGAAUGUUUAAUUGAAGUAUCAGAUUAAAAAACAUGCUAAAACUUAGCUCAGUCUAAUGUUUCGGUUACAAAAGGGAACAACUGGAACUAUGGAUGGUAGCUUCAUAUUAGGGUGCUGUUGCUGAAUAUCAAGUUUGUUUAAUUAUGAAAAAGUACCAGCUAGUCUACCUGCUGCAGUCAGAUUCUGCAUCACAGCUGCUCUUGACUUUCUUUUAUGUGCUCAGAAAAAAAACUGCUUAGCAGAAAAUGUUUUGGAAGCUUAUGAAAAUAAUGGAACAAGACUUCAGGGGUAAAGGUCUUUAACAGGGGCAUCCCAGCCUCAGGAAAUUGAGUCUGUUGAGGACUGGAACACCACAUAGCUGUGUCCAGGGCUGGAAUUGGGCUGUGGGGCAGGGUGCUGUUAAACCUCUCACCACACUGAUUUACACUGCCAGAGCAAAAAACAUUUUUAUACCUUUUAAAAUUAUUUCAAGGAUAACCUAGGUAUGGAAGCUUUUUUCACUUGUGCUGCCACUUUCACUGCGUACAUCUGAUUAUUACAUGUUGAAAUGAAUACAGCCAUUGCUUUUCAUGUGAGAAGAAUGAAGUAUAUUACACAAGUGUUCUGCACAAGCAGAACAGUUAUCAGGACAAGCACUGUCUAUUAACUAUUCCUACUUCUUUGCAUUUUUCCAGUGAGGAAAACCAGAAUGAUGCCCAAAUAAUUGAUUACUUAUGUUUAUAUACAGCAUCUCCCAUCAUCUUCAACCUCAUUCAAUUAAAUUAUGAUAGUUUAUAUUUUUAACUUGGUGCUACUGAAUAAACAGGCUAACAUCAUGAUUUGACUAAGUCAAAGUUUAAACACUCAUUUAGAAUACUGCUUUUUCUUCAACACCAAAUUCUUCUUGUUAAUAUUACAUCAAAGAUGUUAUUUUAAGUUGUUUUAAAAACAUUUUUCUUUUUAUCUUAACAUUCCAUAAGCAGAGUUGGCCCAUUUUAAGGCCUUUAGUUAAUUGCUGCAAAUGGCCUUUCCUCAAGAACUAGGCCUGGAGCCUGCAGGGGUCUAAGAGUUAUAUUCCUGGGAUUCCCUUUUUAUUUUACAGAGGAUUGAGAUUUUCCCUUUUUAUUUUACAGGGUAUUUAGAAGUGUUCAGCAGUU